AUGGAGCGCCAUCCAUUGCAAUCCUCAGAGGGACUUGCCGCAAUUCAGGAAUGUGUGAAACGACGGGCAGCCCAAAUUAGUCUUGUGAAAUCACCGGAGCAAGAUUUUCAAGAAAACAUCAAGAUAGCUCAAGAUGCGUUCAACAGCCUGACACACUUGUCAGAGAACUCAAUCGACAAACUCGAUGAGAUUAUGAGCUGCGGAGCCCGUAUCAAGGAGCUUGAGGCGCUCCAUGAAGAUACCAAGGAACAAAAAGAGCAAGAACAUCAGAACAAGCUCUACGAUAACGAGGUGCCUCUCUUUAUUGACCUUCUAGCCCUAUUUGAUCUUCAAGUCAGUAAAAGAUUAUUUAAGUUUUUGUGCGACAAAUUCGGUCACCCUAUUCCAACUACCAGUGCUCAGUCAGACACUGUACCAGGCGCCGUCGAUACCCACCAGCCCGAAGACACAGCUGCCUCAUGUUUCGCUCCUACACAAGACCCUCUCGUCCAGCCGACAAGCACGAACGACUCCGUACCAAGCCGCCCCGACGCCGAAAGUGCAGGCGAGCCGAGCACCCGCCCGGGCGAACUACACGGACUCGAACAGAAUACCUCAUCAGGCCCCCCAAAGAGACCAGCCGACGCUCAGAUAGCCCCCGACUUCCGUCCGACCCGUCCAACGAAGCGCAUUCGAUCGGAUAUAGCACAAGGGUCUCUUACGGGCGACAGAACUAUCGAGUUCGACCAAGUCUACCAAAACGGCCAUGCCGAGCCCAAAUACAACAUCGUCAAGCAUGAAGAGUUCUGGUAUAUCCUUGAGUGUAAGAAGCACAGACUGCACUUCAACAAUCAUCCCAUUCGCGGUGCCGUGAAGCAUCUUCGGGGUAAGAAGCACAACCAGACUUCUGUCAAUUACGAAGAAGCCAUUCGCACUCUGGGAACUCGCGUUCUUAAUUGCACCGAAGAAAAAGUUGCUGAGAAUAAUGAGGUUGCGCGACGACCUUCCUACUCUCAGAUGUGUCGGCCUGUCCAUAGUCUUUCUCCAUCCGUCCCUCACAGCCUUCCUACGCGGAGUAAUCAGAAUCGCGCCGAUAUUGAUCCCGAGCCUGGAGAAGUGUACACGACCUUUUGGAGCGAGACAAAGCGAUUCUUUGCCAUUCUGGUUCUGCCUUGGCGUAAUGUCGGACACCUGGGUAAAGACCUAGCCCUCACUGUCAAGGACACUGAGCUCAUCAAGAAGGUCCCAUCUUGUUAUCGGUAUAAUCAUGUCGACGACUCAUACGAAUGGGCUCCGCAAUAUCGCCCUGGUGGAGAGUCCUACCCGAAGAGGAAAUAUCCCAUUAUGUUUUUUGAUGCGCAGGUGUUUCCGGGGCAAUGCCGCGUUUAUUGGGUUGCUGCACGCGACUUUCAGUUAUACAAUCCCCGAGUUGCUACUAUCCCGUUCAAAGACGUCGUGGAUGGCUAUAUUGCAUCAAGGAAUAACAGUAGUGAUCAAGCAGUCCCUGAUAUCAACGCUGGACAAGGAAGCCUUAGCGAUGACCGACCGACGGCCGAAAUAUUCCCACGCGAAGAACAAGUUACAGGCGAGCCCGGUCGAGAGAUCAUUGUCAUUGAUGAUGAAAGUGAUGAUGAAGCUGGAGGUGGUGAGCCAUGGCCUGAUACACCUGUCGGGACCCCUGUUCCCAAGAUCGAACCUCAAGAGGUGCCUAUGACGAUGGGUGAUGUCCAGCAAGAUUCAGGCACCAACCAUGGCAAUUCAUCUUCACAGCAGCCGUUGAAUUAUGCAGUAGCGAAUCAAAGUCAACAACGAACAAAUGAUGUGGACUCAAAUGACACCUUGAUCGACUCGGCAGAGUACCUUCGGCGUUUAGACAACGCCGGUCAAACAGACGCUAUCUUGUUAAACCCCAAUCAUGCCCGGCAACGUGAUGGCGUGCCUGAGUCUCAAGCACUAGGAAGCGCUUCUUCAAACACUGUAUUUAAUAUCCAACCCCAGGCGACUUCUGUCAGUGACGCUUCAUUGUCUCGAUGGCCCCCGGCGCAUGAGCACGAACCGGGCAUCACGAAUUUCCAUUCCCAUCAGCCACCUCAACCAGCGACUACUGGUACCCGCGCCCCUGAAGCAAUCAUGACCCCGCUGUCUCAUAACCAGAACCAAACAGACAGCUCCCAGAGACAGCCUGCACAAUUAGCAGGAUUGUACGGUUACUUGAACCAUGUGCGGGGUGCAUCAUCGCAAUGCCGCAUCGAUGGCAACGGUCGUCUUAGAUGGCUUGCUCCCAAGACCACGGCUGGGAUGGCCAGGAAAUGA